ACCAUCCUCCCCUCUUUCUCUCUCUUCUCCAUCUUCUCUAUCAACUCAAUCUCCAUCUCUCUCCCAAAUACAGAAAGACCUCUAGUGCUUGGCAUCUGGUCUUGUGCCUCUUUCUCUUUCUCUUUCUCUCACGCCACAUGGGUUCAUCCAUCAAUGGCGGUGUCAUCCUCUUCCUUCUCCUUCUAGCGGCGAUCUCAGCCUCAGCCUCAGCCUCAUCAGCAUUGCCAGAGAAGCCCACAAACACCAGUGGCCAGAUCAAUUCCAACUCCGUCCUCGUUGCUCUCCUCGACUCGCAUUAUACCGAGCUUGCCGAGCUGGUGGAGAAGGCUCUCCUUCUCCACACUCUCGAAGACGCCGUCGGUGCUCACAAUGUCACCAUCUUCGCCCCCAGGAAUGAGGCCUUGGAGCGUGAUCUUGAUCCUGAGUUCAAGCGCUUCCUUCUCGAGCCUGGCAAUCUCAAGUCCCUCCAGACCCUCAUCCUCUUCCAUGUGGUUCCGGCAAGGAUCUCCUCUCAUUCCUGGCCGUCAUCCCGCCACCGAACCCUCGCCAACGAUCAUCUCCAUUUGUCCGCCGACAAGGAUUCCGUGAAGAGGGUCGAUCUGGCGGCGAUCGUGCACCCCGACGCAGUUGUUCGCCCCGACGGUGUUAUCCAUGGCAUCGAGCGGCUUCUCGUCCCGAGAUCCGUGCAGGAGGACUUCAACCGUCGGCGGAGCCUAGCGUCCAUCUCCGCUGUGUUGCCGACUGGCGCUCCAGAGGUCGAUCCUCGCACGCACCGCCUUAAGAAACCAGCAUCCCCAGCUCCUGCCGGAUCUCCACCAGCCCUUCCGAUCUACGACGCUAUGGCUCCAGGCCCAUCCAUCGCUCCUGCCCCAGCACCCGGUCCCGGAUCCGGGAAGCACCAUUUCGACGGACACAGCCAGGUGAAGGACUUCAUCCAAACCCUUCUCCUCUACGGCGGUUACAACGAGAUGGCCGAUAUCCUCGUGAAUCUAACCUCCCUGGCGACAGAGAUGGGGCGGCUAGUCUCAGAGGGAUACGUGCUCACAGUGCUUGCGCCCAAUGACGAGGCCAUGGGGCGGCUGACGGCGGAGCAGCUCAGCGAGCCGGGAGCACCGGAGCAGAUCAUGUACUACCACUUGAUCCCGGAGUACCAGACGGAGGAGAGCAUGUACAACGCUGUGCGCCGCUUCGGCCGCGUCCGUUACGAUACGCUGCGCGUCCCCCACAAAGUCGUUGGUCGCGAGGCGGAUGGCUCCGUGAAGUUUGGCCAAGCCGAGGGCUCCGCCUACCUCUUCGACCCUGAUAUCUACACCGACGGGAGAAUCUCCGUCCAGGGCAUCGAUAACGUCCUCUUCCCGCCCGACGAGGAACCUCCCACCUCCUCUCAGCCACCCAGGAAGCCUCACGCUCAGCAGCCUAAGCCCCGGCGAGGGAAGUUGAUGGAGGUGGCUUGUCAUAUGCUUGGUGCCUUCGGUCAGCGCUCUCACUUUACCUCCUGCCAGUAGAGAUAAACUAAAUAAAAGGAAAAGAAAAAAGGGUUACAGUUGAAUGGAGGAUGGUGUACAAAAAAUUAAGUUGGAUGGGGGGUGAUUGGGAGGAGCUGGAGUUUUUAUUUUGUUCUCAUUUGAUUACCUUUACUUCUUCUAAUAUCUGUUUUUUGUACUGUCAAAUUUCUUAGGCAUCUGGUAAAACAGGGAUAGAAAAAAAAAGACCUAAGAAAUGAAUGGUGGGUUGUUGCUCUGGUGUUCCUCCCAUUGUUCUGUUUUAUUAUUUCUUUCUUUUUAUUUUUAUUUUUAAUUUUGUUCUUUUUUGUGGAGUUUGUUGUUGGUUAUAGCAAAUAAAUAAUAAUGAGACGUGAAAACAGCUCAAAAUGUUUGGUGGUCUUGUAUAUUUGCUGAAUAAUAGAAAACAAAUACAGGAAGUUAUGCAA